AUGGUUGCUAUUAGUGAAGUAAAAGAAAAUCCUGGUGUGAAUGGCACCAAUUCCAGUGUCGUUACUAGAACUGCAGCUCACACACACAUCAAAGGUUUAGGUCUAGAUGAGAGUGGUGUGGCCAAGAGAGUCGAAGGUGGGUUUGUUGGACAGAUUGAGGCCCGUGAAGCCUGCGGUGUUAUUGUGGAUUUGAUCAAGGCCAAAAAGAUGUCCGGUAGGGCUAUCCUAUUAGCUGGUGGUCCAUCUACGGGUAAGACUGCCCUAGCUCUUGCCAUUUCUCAAGAGUUGGGUCCAAAAGUCCCCUUCUGUCCUCUCGUAGGUAGUGAAUUGUACUCUGUAGAGGUUAAAAAAACAGAAACUCUGAUGGAAAACUUCAGAAGGGCCAUCGGUUUAAGAAUUAAGGAAACUAAGGAGGUUUACGAAGGUGAAGUGACAGAAUUGACACCUGAAGAUGCUGAAAACCCAUUAGGCGGAUACGGGAAGACAAUCUCCCAUGUCAUUGUCGGGCUCAAAUCUGCCAAAGGUACUAAGACGUUAAGAUUAGAUCCAACGAUAUAUGAAAGUAUUCAAAGAGAAAAAGUCAAUAUUGGCGAUGUUAUUUAUAUAGAAGCUAACACCGGUGCCGUCAAAAGAGUUGGUAGAUCUGACGCAUACGCUACUGAAUUUGAUUUGGAAACCGAGGAAUACGUUCCACUGCCAAAGGGUGAAGUGCAUAAGAAAAAGGAAAUUGUACAGGAUGUUACAUUACAUGAUCUGGAUAUUGCUAACGCAAGACCACAAGGUGGGCAAGACGUUAUAUCGAUGAUGGGCCAAUUACUCAAGCCUAAGAAGACCGAAAUUACCGAAAAAUUAAGACAAGAAGUUAACAAAGUGGUCGCUAAAUACAUCGAUCAAGGGGUUGCUGAACUAAUUCCAGGUGUCCUAUUCAUCGAUGAGGUUAAUAUGCUAGACAUUGAAAUCUUCACAUACUUAAACAAAGCGCUCGAAUCCAAUAUCGCCCCAGUCGUUGUAUUGGCUUCUAAUAGAGGUAUGACCACAGUCCGUGGUACUGAAGACGUGAUAUCACCACACGGUGUUCCACCUGAUUUGAUUGACAGGUUAUUGAUUGUUCGCACUUUACCUUACGACAAAGAUGAAAUUCGUACGAUCAUAGAGAGAAGAGCCGCUGUGGAAAGUUUGCAAAUAGAAAAUGGCGCUUUGGACCUUCUAGCCACAAUGGGCUCAGAAACUUCCUUACGUUACGCUUUACAAUUAUUGGCACCAUGUGGUAUCUUGGCACAAACAAGCAACCGUAAAGAAAUUGGUAUUAAUGAUGUCGAUGAGGCUAAAUUGUUAUUUUUAGAUGCCAAGAGGUCGACUAAGAUUUUAGAGACAUCAGCAAACUAUUUGUAA